AUGCCCAAAGUUCGUAUCCAGUGGUCUUCAAAUGCUCAACCUCUCCUGGGAGAAGCAGGGAUGCCUAGCGAAUGGUCGAAAAAUGGGAGCCUAAUAAAUAAGCCUCCUAGAGGCUGGCUUCAUCCGGAUUCCCAGGUUGCCGAUGGUGGAGUCAAGUACAGUGUCCGAUAUAUUGGGUGCUUGGAAGUGAAUACAUCUAUGAAAAGUCUUGAUUUUGAUCUUAGAUCUCAAGUUGCAAAGGAAUGUAUUAAUAAAGUUUGUGAAACUGCAGGCUUGAAAACCAUUGACAAGAAAAGAAAAGUUGAUAAGCGUGUGUUGCGAAUGCUGGCAGAAAAGCCGAAUAUGGAUUAUGCUGGUUCAAAUGUUAAUCUAAUAAUUACCAGCUCAUAUAUGAUGCUUUCAGUUAUGGAGUCUGGAGAGGUUAUAUCAAAUCAUGAGAUGCCAAACGUAUCAUUUGCUUCAGGUGGAGAUGCUGAUACUUUAGAUUUUGUUGCUUAUGUCGCAAAAAAUUCAAGAUUUGGGCGAGCAUGUUUCGUACUUGAGUGUGGUGGAGGUCUAGCUCAAGAUGUCAUUACAACAAUUGGGCAAGCUUUUGAACUAAGAUUCAAAGAAUUUCUGAAAAAAACUCCUCGAGCAAUUACAGUACCAGAUCGCUUGGAGAAUCCAGUGUUCAAUGGUAGUGACUGUGCUUGGGGAGAAGAUCCUGAAUAUUACAAUGAUCUACCAGGCAAGGUUCCACCAGAAGGACAACCUCCAUUGCCACCUUUGCCUGAUUAUCAACAAAAUGGCGUUGGACAUUGUGUUCUUGAUACCUCUAGCGUUCUUGACAACCAAGAACACCAAGUACUUAAAAAUCAAAAGUUGCCAAUAACAGAACCAGAAUAUGUCAAUAGCAUUGUAACUUCUGGAGAGCAGGCUGGAACUGAUUCUUUCGACAUGCAACCAUUUGAAACUGCUCUUCUGGCAGAUUCUAACCACCAGCCACCUCCUCCCCCAAGACAUAGGUCCUGUGAAUCACCCCCUCAUCCCCCACCACAUGCCUCUUCACCUUCACCUUUUGUGACUUCUGUGAAACAUAAAUGGCCUGCAGGUUUAGCCAAUCACAGGGUAGUACUUCUACAAGAAGAAUGGUUCCAUGGUCCAAUCAGCAGGAAGGAAAGUGAAACGUUGGUGGUGAGGGAUGGGGAUUUUUUGGUUCGUGAAUCUCAAGGCUCUCCUGGUCAGUAUGUUUUAACUGGCAUGCAAGCUGGGAUAAGAAAACAUUUGCUUCUUGUUGAUCCAGAAGGAGUGGUAAGAACAAAAGAUAGAACUUUUGAAAGUGUAACCCACUUAGUAAGUUUCCAUAGUGAUAAUGGCUUGCCUAUAAUAUCAGCCGAAAGUACUUUAGUACUGAGAAACCCUAUCCCAAGAACUAUGAUGCCCACUCGUUGAACAAACUUUGAAAUUUGUACAAUAUCUGACAACAGACAAAAGUGAUUAUCAAGCCUUGAAUGUUUUAAAGUUAAGUUUGUGUGUUACGUUAUAACGAAUAAUGUUGCUUGUAUAUAAUAUGAUAGUUCGAUUUUGGUGAUUAUAUAUGAAUGGAACAAAAUAUUAUAAGGUAUCCUAAUCUCGCUUCACUCAGUCUGAUUCACUUCAUGUGAAUCAGCCUCAAAGUUUACUUGGUGGAAAAAAGUGAUUUCGGCAUGUGCGCCUAUAUGCAAAAUUUUAGGGGGGGGGGGGGGAAUCUGAGAUAUUUUCCGAAUGGUUUAGCAGGAUAUGUUUCUCGUGGACACUGAUUUCAGUACAGAUUAGAGAUAUUAAAAUUUGACAUUUUAAAUAACUUAUUCAUUAAUGGCUGGAAAAGAAAUGUUUUUACAUUUUUGCAAAGAAAAAAGUACUAAAAGCAAGGAAGUUCUAAUUUCUAUAGGGGGGGGGGGGUCUUGAGCCCCCACUUGACCCCCCUCCCCAUAUGGGCGCCUAUAGAUUUCGGUUCACUUUGAAAGUCAGUGAAAGAUAUUUCAGCUGUUGAACUGUUUCACUCUGUCUGAUUCACAUCACCACGAGUGAAUCAGCAUCUUAGUUCACACCGACCUUCCAAGCGAAUCGAGAUUACAACUUUUGUUAACUAAGAUGCUGAUUCAUACAGAGUGAAUUGAAUCAGUUGGAGUGAAGCAAGAUUAGAACCUCGGCUUUUAAAUUAUAUCAAGAUAAAAAUAAUUGUUUUUAGUAUUUUACUGACUGAUAAUUUUUAUUUUUCACCAGUCUUCAUAAUAGUUGGUCAUUUAUCACGUAUUAUUUCUAAUUGCGAAUGUCAUCUGUCUAUAAGCACUUAUUGUUCAUUAAACUCAUAAAUGGCAAUCUAUUAGCAAAUUUUUAUAACUACUGCCUGUGUCCAGAAUCAGAUAGCAAUUUUUUUUUUGUAUUGCUAUGUCUUUUUUCUUCUUUAAUUGCUAUUAUAUUAACUUAAUAAUUACCUGUUUCAACCUAGAGUUUUUAAAAAUGCUUUUUUUUUGAUCAAAUGAAAAUUAUUUAAAAAAAUAUUAAGCCAAGUUGCCAAGCUACAAAUAUAAUGUGUCACAGGAAAAAAAAAAUAAUGAGUAGGAAGUAUAAAUAAUGAGUUGUGCUAUUCUUUGAAAAGAGUUAAGAUAUUAUGUUUGAAUUUGACAUAAACACAGAGGAAAAUUUUGCACCCAGUAUAAAUCUUAGCAUUCUUUUUUUUAGUAUGGUUUUUACAACAAUGCUUAUUUCCGAUUCUCUUUUUACUUUGUGUUUCUUUUCAUUGACUGAAAUAAAUAAUUCUGCUCUAAUAUUUUCUGGAGAAUAAAAAUAUGAGCAGCGUUACCUUUUACAAUUUCCAUUUGUUAUGUAAUUAUACUUCCAGAAAGUUAAAAGAGUAUCUCAAAAUAUACUUGAAAAUUACUUGCUAUGUAGAACUUACAUUAAAUGUGACUGAAAUUAAUUCUUCAAGGUACAUAUGUAUGAGGUAAACCUGUGCAAUAUAUUAUGUGAACUUGAACAUGUAAUGCACAUGUACUGUUUAUUCUUGGAAGUAUUUUGCAAGGAAAAAGUAUACUUAGUUUCAUUUAAUUAUUUUAUUUAUUAUUUUUUUUAAUUUAUUUUUUCUUGCUUUGUGAAUCAUAUAAAUUUUUUGUUAUUUUUAUUUUAAAAUUUAUUUGAUGUAUUCUAUUGAUGAAGUUUAUUGAGAAAUUUUGGGGCCCGUCAGGAAAGACUUUUAUGAGCCCCCCUCCAUAUUGUUUACCCCUACAUCCCUGCAUAUAUUUCACCCCUCCUUUAAAAAAUCUCAGGCCCCCUCCAGGCUCGUUCUCAGGCCAAUAAGUGUCCCUUCUCCCCCCCUUCCCCCUGUGUACGCCCUUGCCUGGAAGCACAUCUGUAAAAUUCAGUUCAUAUUUAGUUUUAUAAACACAUAAGUUAAUGUAGUGAAGGGUUAAGUGCUUGUUAUCUCAUGCAUGGGAGUGCAAAUCUGCAGAGUCGGAAAAUACAUAAUAAAACUAAUAUUGAAAAAAAGGGGGGGGGGGUGGAAUCUUUGUUUUCACUACAAUAAUAAGGUAUAUUUUUUGAUAAAUAAAAUUAAUGAUGCAGAAUACAUAUGUGUAUGGUUAGUUAAAUUAAUUUUUCUGCAGUAAAUUCCUGAUCAUCCAUCAUAAUUCUGUAAUCGUAAGUUGUUUAUGAAAGAUUUUCAAGCAAGUGAUACAGCUUAAAAUGGGUGAUAUUUAGAGUGUGAUGUUGGCUAAACAACUUUGCUUGGUGCCAUUUUUACUUCUACAAAAAUAUGUGAAAUAAGGAAAAGUUGAAACUAAAAAAAAAGAAAACAUUUGAAAAAAGUCUGAAGAAUCUCAUCCUUGUUACCUUACCAAAUAGAAAAAUAUUAGCUUGCUGGAGAGAUGUUUAAAUUUUAUGUAUGAUGCAUGCUUUGUUGCAGGAUUAUUCAUCAUGUUCUUGAAUUGAUAUUUACAGCAUUUAGUAAAAGAUCUGCAUUUUACAAUUCAAAUAUUUUAUUUUUACUGUGGAUUUUUACAGUAGAGCACUGAUUAUUCGCACUUACCAAGAUUGGGCCCAUUUCAAAUACGUAGAAGUUCAAAUAAUUGUAAAAACAGCUUCGGGGAUGCUUCUGACUACAUGAAAACAUAUGAAAUACAUGUUUGCGAUGCAUAAAAUUUAUGUUUCAGCCGAAUUUUUGCAGUUACUAGGUACAUUUAAGAAAAUAUUGUGUAUGUACAAUUUUCCUUCAUGCUUUACCCAGGUUAGGGUUACCCCGUUUAGAAUUCAACUGUCUAGACCUUCAUUUUCCUCCUCUUCCAAGUCCUUAUUUUCUCAUACAUUGGGAGGAAUGUUUUGAAUUUUGCUUGCUCAGUCUCAAAAAAAUGAGAGGGAUAGUUCACUCGGAUAAUCGGAAAGUUCAGUUCGUUGGAGUUGGGAUAAUUGGGCAGUGCAAUUAAUUGAAGUUAGGAUUAUUGGUCAGUUCAGUAGAUUGGAGUUUGGGUAAUUGGGGUCAGUUGGAGUUGGGACAAUCAAUUCUCUACUGUAAUUUAUGCCAUUUUUUUCCAACACAAAUGUAAGCUAUGCUUUGUUCAUGUUAUUAUUAUUAUUUUUUUUUUUUUGAUUAGAUAAAAAAGCAACCCAGUGCAUUUUGUAUUCAUCAUAUAAAUGAGCUUAUGUAUUAAAGUUUUAACUCUUUGUCAUUCCUUUAUUAUAGUUAGAGCACAUUUUGAAAUGCUCUAUUUUCACUUUUAAAAAUGUUUAUUUAUUGAUUUAUUUAUUCUAAAAAAAAGGCUCACUUCAAAUGAAUGAGUUGAUAUAGUGAUCACUUUUAAGAGUUUCUUAAGCAAUUUCUAGAAAUAAAAAAAUAAUGUAUCUUUGUUUUUUUCUUUUUAAAAUAUAGUUGCACAAUAUUAAUGAAUAUGUUGUUUUUUUUUAUCUUUAAAAAAAUACAUUAAAAUUGUCUUUGGCAUAUUGUAUAUGUUUUUUUGUGGAGGUAGGAGAGAAUUUUUUUUAAAAGAAAAAUGCGUCAUGAAUUAUAAUUUAUUUAUUUUUAAAUUCUUUUCUUUAAAUGCAAUGUGUUUUUCUUGUAGAUAUAGUAUGCUUCUGCAUUUAUAAUACGCUGUUGAAAGGAAUUUUUUAUUGUUAAAUAUAUUUUAUGCAAUGUUUAAAAACACUGAAUAGGAGAACUUACAUGAUCUUCAUUGGAUUGUUUUUAUGGUAUGUUUUUGUUACUAACAUUUUUUAUGAAAGCCAUAUUUUAUUCCAAAUGUGAAUAUGUGACUUAAUUUUCUUAACUUAUCUUGUUAUUAACAUUUGUUCCUAUUUUAUUAAGUUGGUUUUAGCAUAAUUUAUUCAAUAUUUAUUUGAUUUUUAAAUGGUAUUUUAUUUAACAUAGCUACAAGUUAGAAGAUUUAAGUUUUUCUAAUUAUAUUUUUAUGAAAUUAUACAGUGUA